CGAAUUCGCGGCUGUUUCGCCUUUCCUGUCGAUCGAUUUCGCGUUAAACGAUUAUCCAACAAUUUCUGAUUUUUUCAUCCGGACGAAAGGAUUCGUGCAACGUUUCUCUCGUUAUUUGUGUAAAUUCGCCGUUCGAUCGACGGGGUUUCCUUGAAAAAUCAUCGCGUCAAUGGUCAUAUACGAAACGCCGCUGCGCUAGAUUUCUCGUAUCACUCGUUCGUCCCCGAUUCGCUAAUCAAAGCGACAAUUUGUAACGCUUCGGAACGAUAUCAGCUAAUUUGUCUACGUGAAAGCCACGAGUAUUAUUCACCGAUCCCCAGGGAAAACGACGAUAGACUAUGAAUAAUAGUCAAUCCAAUAUAACGACGAUUUCCGAGUUUAGAAAUCGCGAUGCGCCGACAUCGAUAACCCUAUCGUCAGAGGCUGAUGGAAAAGACUACCUGUUGUCGCCUCGAGGAAGAACGUCGCAUCUACGGAGACAAAGCAUGUCCUUGACUGCCGUUAUCAACCAACGACGAGGUCUUCUCGGAGCGUUGAUUUCAGGGAUAGGCAGCAACAUGUCGCUGCCCUCGUGCAUCCCUCAGGAUCAGGAAUUUCUAACCGGACAGACGACCGGCCCGAGAACACCGUUGCUGAACAAUCAGAAUCAUCCGGAGAAGAACGAUCACGAGAUGCAAAAGCAACGUCCCAAUUUUCUGCCCCUGACGCCUAUCAACCCGACUUACGUGCCUGUGAACGCCCUGGAUCAGGCGAAAACGAAGCAACAGAUGAUCGAACAACAACGACCGAAGCUUCUCACCGAGAACGGAGUUUGUCACCCGGAAAUGGUGUCGAUCGUGAGCACGCUUUACGCGAAACUGCUAAUCGUGAUCGGUAUCGCUGUACCUGUCACGGCUAGCGUUACCGAAAGAGUUCCAGCUUCGUUGAAUCAGGGAUUUUACAUAUAUCUAUAUGUUGUCAGUGUGACAUUCGUGAUCUCUAUGUACAUUAUCGUAUUGAGAGACAAAGCUGCGAGAAACCGGAUGCAGAAGAACGAGAGAGGACAGACGUUCAAGUACGACGAGAAGGGUGAUCCGGUGAACGUUGGACAGACGCAACAGUACGGCAGCUUUUGUCUGAGGCUCGGCGCGGUGGGAUUUGGCGCCGGCUCGUUGGUAUUUACGGGAUUGCAAAUUGGGGCGGAAAUAGCUUCCGGCCCGUUCAGGGCGAUUACACCGGGUGCCAGGCUGCUGCUGGUCACGGCCCAGAUGCACUUCAUAUUUCUCAACAGCAAAAGUCUCAAUUUGUCCAAGCAUACGGCCCUUGCGAAACUGGGAUUGAUGCACAUGAUCGCGACCAAUCUGUGCGAGUGGCUCCAGGCGCUGGUCGAGGAGACGCAACACGAGAUCGAUCAACUGGGCCACACGCACGACGACGAGGACGGUAUACUGAAGUCGCUGCUGAGAGACGCGAGCCCGUUCCUUUUCCCCUGCACAAUCGAGUUCAGUUUAAUUUGCGCGGUGAUACUGUUCGAGAUGUGGAAGAGGGUGGACGAGAAGAUCGAUGCAAAGAGCGAGAACUCGACGAGAUCUUCGUAUCACCUUAGCAUCGAUUGCAGCAGCUCUCACAGAGGUCUCUUCGGCGGGAUCCUGGUAGUAGCCGCGACGAUACUGAGCCUGAUCAUGUUCUUCGUGCUGAAGGAGGCCAAGAUGAAGAUUGCGAUCGUUCAGGUGACUGCGUUGGACGCGACUAUACUUAUGUUAGGUAUGGUGGCUUCGAGCGCUGGAACCUUGAAGCUCCAAGCGUUGCAACAGAAGAUCGUCAGACCUUCUGAUUUGGACACCACGUUACUGGCAGCAGCUCAAGCCGGUGUCUAUCUGCAUUGUCUUUUUGGCGUUGUCGGUGAUAUAUUAACAAUGGGACCCACUUGGAUUCUCUCCCUGAUCACAGAUUUGUUGGCUUUCGUGCAGAGUACCAGCCAAACGUUGCUCAUCAAAAUCGCAUGGGGAAGGCGUUGCUCGAGAAACGACAAGCCCGGCAAAGAGCUAAUCACCUUCCUAAUAGUCGUCAACAUCGCCCUAUGGACGGUGAACACCCUGGAGAAAUCUCGCGCAGGGGUUCGUCCGGAUCAUCUUCGAUUCUUCGGCGUAUGGGCAUGGACGAUCAUCACGCACGUGUCGAUGCCGUUAGCCAUAUUCUAUCGUUUCCACUCGGCUAUAUGCCUGUUCGAGAUAUGGAAAACCUGUUACAAAAGUAGAUCGAACAGCAUCGUCCAAACUCCAUUCUAACUUCCCCCGCCGAUCGAAACGAUCUAAACGCGAACACUUCUUACCUUGAAUAAAAUGUGAAAGUAAA